AUGUCCGACCAUUGUUAUAAUUUUUUAAAGGGUUUUCCGGCCUGUGAACCUCCCAGCGAUGCGGUAUCGGCACUUGAAUUCACUCCCAAGACAGCACCCUUUAAUGGGCUGUGCGCUGCCAGUUGGGACCAGACCGUACGUGUCUGGGAAGUGGAUGCCAACAGCGAGACCACGACAGCCAAGUGCCUGCAGAAGCUGUCUGCUCCGCUCCUGGAUGUCAGCUGGAAUGGUGACGGUAAUCGCAUCUACGCGAGCGACGUCGACGGCAGUGUGUAUGAAUGGAACCUGGACACCAAUAACGUCUCUCAGAAGCAGUUCCAUUUAGCGGGAGUUCGUGCCUGCCACUGGCUGUGGACUCCCAGGUCACCCCUCCUGAUGACUGCAUCGUGGGAUAAGACCGUCAAAUUCUGGGAUAUUCGCAACCCUCAGCCCGUGGUGAGCUUUGGACUACCGGAGCGAUGCUUCGCUGCCGAUGUGCUAUAUCCGCUGGCCGUGGUGGCCUGUGCCGACCAGAACAUCAUCAGCUAUUCCCUGAAAAAUGGCCCCUUCGAACUGAGCCGCGAGGAUCUAACCAAGUCAUCCGAGCACCAAACCGACGGGCAGCAGGUCCGUGCGAUUGCCGUCUUCCAGAGUAACCAACGUCCCACCGGAUACGUCGCCGUCACCACAAAAGGUCUCAUGCAUGUGCGGAACAUCCCAGAUAUCACCGAGAACCGAAAGAACUACGAUUUGACGUGCCAUCGCCAAUACAGUAGUGACGACUCCUCAUGUGACAUCUAUGCGGUGAACGAUGUGCGGGUGCAUCCCAUACACCAGAGCAUCGCCACCGUUGGUUCCGAUAAAAAAUUCAAUUUCUGGAAAAAGGGCGAGCGUUGCAAUAUCUACAGCAGUGCCGCGAUGGAUCAGACGAUCACUAAGUGCGCCAUCAGCGGUGAUGGGCAGCUCUUUGCCUAUGCCCUUGGGUACGACUGGUCCAUGGGACACGAGCACUGUGAUCACAAGCGGAAAUCGGAGAUAUUUUUAUAUCAGUGCUUGGAGUCAAUGCGUCCCGAAGUAGUUCGUUAA